AUGUACUCACCGCUGACCUCUCAACAUCUGAUGAAGGAUGUCCUACGUUUUUUAAUAAUCAGCUUACUAACAUCUACAGUAACAAUGAGCGAAGAUGACUACGAUCCCAAGAGCUGUGGACUUCCUACAGAUGAGUAUAUGCCACCUACGGUCAUGUCCUACGGGACAACUUCGCAGAGUAGAGGCAGACAUUGGUGUUUAGAAUCCAAUCUCGGAUCACGUAGGCUGGCUCUGAAUAAAGCUGCCAUGUAG